CCGCAUCCGGUCUACUAACAUACACCUCCACCGCCGCAGUCAUGUCAGAUCCCCGCUUCGCCGCCCUCGCCAACGACCCGCGCUACCGUCUCCCCAACCGCAAGGAAACGCGCACUGCCGUCGAUCCACGCUUCAGCCGCCUCUUCACCGAUCAAGACUUCCGGCGCAAGGCCAAGGUUGAUCGAUAUGGACGGAAGGUCACAGCGGAGUCUGGGAGGAAAGAGUUGGAGAAGCAGUAUAGGCUGGAUGAAGUGAAGAAGGAAAGGGAAGUGGUGGGCAGUGAUGACGAGAGCGAGAGUGGAAGUGAGGCGGACGAGAAGGUGGUAGUGGAGAGACGGGACCCGGCACGAGAGGGUGGCUUUUCGGGAAGCGAGUCCGAGGAGGAGAGCACGGACGAUGAGGACGAACAGGCAGACGAAGUGGAGGCCGAGCUGGCGGAGGAGACGGCAGGCCAGGAGCAGACCGAAGAUAUACCGCUAGGCGAAGUGUCUAGUCGUAUUGCUGUCGUGAACCUUGAUUGGGACAACUUACGUGCGGCGGACAUCAUGGCGGUGGCGGCGAGCUUUGUGCCUAGUAGUGGCAGGAUAGAGAAGGUGGCGGUAUAUCCGAGCGAGUUUGGGCGGGAGAGGAUGCAGAGGGAGGAGAUUGAAGGCCCACCUAAGGAGAUCUUCUCCGCUACCAAGCGCUUGGAAGACGGCGACGACAGCAACGACGACGAUGAGGAGGAGGAUGACAAGAUCAAAGACAAGCUACUCCGCACGCAGACCGCCAACGAAAACGACUCAGCGGACUUCAACCCCACCGCCCUCCGCACCUACCAACUCCAGCGACUCCGCUACUUCUACGCCGUCAUCACCUGCUCCGACCCCUCCACCGCCCAUGCCUUAUACUCCGCCAUGGACGGCCGCGAGUACCUUUCCAGCGCCAAUUUCUUCGACCUCCGCUUCAUCCCGGACUCCACCUCCUUUGAUGAUGAUGUACCGAGGGAUGAGUGCACGGAGGUGGUGGGAGGGUAUAGGCCGAGUGAGUUCCGGACGGAGGCGCUGACGCAUUCGAAGGUGAGGUUGACGUGGGAUGAGGAAGGGGAGAGGGAGAGGAAGGAGGUGCAGCGGCGGGCGUUUGGGAGGGGUGAGCAGGCGGAGGAGGAUCUGAGGGCUUAUGUUGCUAGUGAAGGUGAUUCCGAUGCGGAGAGUGUGGUUAGUCGAAAGAGUGCGGCUGAAGACAGGAAGGAGAAGAAGAAGGCGGAGCAGAGGAGGGUUAUGAGGGCGAAGUUGGGGUUGGGCGAGGUUGGGGUGGAAAAGGGAGGCAAGGGUGGAGAGGGAGAGGGGGAUGCGAUGCAAAUCACUUUCACCUCUGGUCUGACUGGAACCGGGAAGAAUGGUGGUGUCUUCGAGAACGAGCCUUUAGACGCCGAGAGCACAAAGGAGCGCUAUAUCCGCAAAGAGCGCGAGCGGAAGCAAAAGCGGAAGGAGAAGAUGAAGGCCUCCCGCAAUCCCGACGCCACCAGCAACACCGCCAUCCCUGCCGAAACAGGAGCUGAGGCGGACGUGGUUGAAGAAGAUGCAGGUUUCAACGACCCCUUCUUCGCCGACCCGGCCGCCUCCUCCACCGCGUUGGCCAAGGCGGCACGGAAAGCUGAGCGGAAGAAGGCUGCUGCGACGCGUGCGGCUGAAGAAGCAGAGGCGGCGGAACGACGCAAGGAACUCGAACUCCUGAUGUCGGAAGAUAAAGCGGACGAGGUACGGCAUUUCGAUAUGCGGGAGGUCGAGAAGAGGGAGAAGGAGGCGCGGCGGAAGGGGAAGAAGGCAAAGUCAAAGAAGCAGAAGGAAGGUGUGGAUGUAAGUGUGGGAGAGGGUGAAGGUGAUGGUGGGUUUCAGGUGGAUAGUGCGGAUCCUCGUUUUAAGCGGCUGUUUGAGGAUCACGAGUUUGCUAUUGAUCCGACGAAUCCGCGCUUUAAGGGGACGGAGGGGAUGAGAGGGUUGUUGGAGGAGGGAAGGCGGAAGAGGGCACGGGGUGAUGAGGCUGCGGAUGGCGAUGCGGAGGUGGAGGGGAGCAAGAGGGUGAGGAAGGGAGAGGGUACGCGCGGCGGUGGUGAUGAGGUCAAAGGUCUUGUGGCCAGGUUGAAGAAGAGUCAGAAGGCGAGGUAG